GGUCGCUUUCCGUGCUACGAAUAUGUAUCGUUUUAAAUAUGUGAUCGUCGUGACGUUUUGGUGGAUCAUCGCAACUACCGGGAACAUCGUCCAAAACGAGGACAUUUGUGGAUCGCACAAUGGCAGACGUCUAUACUUGGAGCUGGGCGAGAAAGGUAUCCUCUACGCGAAGAACGUCAGCUUUAUCAAGAAUUCGCCGAGGCAGCUGACGUCGCGUCUUUACUCCACCACCAUCACCAACGGCUCCCAUCAUCAGUGCAGCCUCGAACUGGUGACCUGUCCGUCCUGCGUAAUAGUUGUUACUUUUAAAAACAUUGCCUUAUCGCAUCAUUGCGGCGAUGGGGUCAUCGUGAUGGACAGCCCUUGCAGAUGUGACUACGUGUGGCUCUCGGAACCACCUUAUGAGGAUGUUUCCGGCACGCCGUUCUGCGGAUCAUAUACACCGAUCACAUAUAGAUCGAGCACGAGAACCCUGUCUAUAAAUCUAUUUUAUAGCCAGUCCCAUAAGCAUGCAUUCACUAUCGAAUACACGGCAGAAAGAAAUAGAUUGCAUUUGAAAGGCACGGAAAUGACAUCGGGAGCGCCGACAAAGGGUUUGAAUGGUACUACUGGCAAUGGUAUUUUGACCUCGCCAUUUUUCCCAGCUCGAUAUCCCCGUGACUUGGGUCUGGAAUACGUGAUAACGUGUCCCACCGAAGCUCCCUCCUGUCGCAUCAGGUUGCUAUUUAGCGACUUUCAAUUAGCGACGGUCUCUAUUAUGGAGUUUUACGAUUGGAAUGGACAACGUUUGGACGUGAGUAGCGGCGCCCGAUUUCGACCGCCGAUCAUAGUAAGUUCCGGCCCGUCGUUGCUAGUAAGAUUUUAUGCGAACGGCGGUACCGGUCUGGGUUACAAGGCUUUUUACUCCUUUGUAAUCGGCCAUACAUACGACAAAUCCAUACAACCGAUCACCGACUGCGGCGGAUAUGUGGAGAAUCUGGGCGGCGCUAUUACAAUGAUGAACAUGGUCGGUCAAGGUGUGAAAAUUUACGAUUGUGUCUGGCUAAUCAGACCACCCAAGAACUUCCUGCACAUGAAAACGCACAUGUAUCUGAAGGUAGUGGCUUUCGCCGACAUGGCCGGCAAUACGGAAUUAAUCAUCAAAGAGGGUCCAACCUCAGCUUUAAUGUCGCUGGAAGUAAUCCGACAUCCAUCGAGUCAGUUGCAAUCUUUCAGACACCGGGAACACAUUACGCCGGUCACGAGCGGAUUCCACGUGAGUCUUCGUGGUACAUUCGGUCCAAAUUCGCACUUGGCGAUCGCUUACGCAGCCUUCAGCUACAUAAAUUGCUUUGCGGAUACCGAUUUUUUAUGUCAGAAUCACAGAUGCAUUCCGAAUCAGCUGAAUUGCGAUGGUUUCGAUCAUUGUGGUGAUAAUAGUGACGAGCCAGCGACGUGUUUUCAAAAUUGGGAGAUGGAGCCGCGCGAGCGGAAAUGGCACAUGAACAAAGCGAAUUAUUACUUUCCGAAGAUCGAACAAUAUCCCGAUCUGAAAACGGCCACCCUGGUGUUCGUUGCCAGCAGCCUCGGCCUGAUUAUUCUGAUAACGACACUCAUUAUACUGCUGUACAGAAUAGGAGGAGCGAGACAACGAAGAGAACUGCAGUCUCGUCUAGAGACAAUCAGCGAGCUUUUAGGUAUGCGUUUGUUCGACGAGGACGCGACUUCCUCUACUUACUUGGUAGUGGAGGGCGCGAACAACAGUAGUAGCAGACAAACAACCCCGGUAGCAUCGGAGAACGAUCGACGUGCGCUACCUGAAAGUCCACCACCGCCGUACAUCACACCCCCGGGAACCAUACUGCGAAACAUGAAUUUAGCUGGUUUAUCGGCAUCGAUGAAACAGAUGUGUCCUAUUCGUCGCAAUUGGCUUCGACGCAGCGCGCAGUAUCCUCAAUCCUCUUCCGACGAUCGUUCAUCCUCGUCCACGGACGCUGAAACUCUUGAUACGUAUCUGACGGAUUGUACCGUUCCGGAUACGAAUUGUCGACUCAAAAGUCCUCCGAAAGAGGAUCAUAUUGUUUCAGAAACAGUUCAAGAAAAUACUGUAGAAGUAUUAAAAGCGAAUAGUCAACACGUUACAGAAGAAAAGCACGAUGAGGAUAUCGAUAGAACUAGUGACAGAUCGGACGAGAGGAACGCGAGCUGCUCUUGCGAAGGUGCGUGCGGCUGCGUCAUCGAGUGUUCUAAUGUCCAAGAUCAUUCCGCCAGCAAUAUAUCAAUUUCUGCAACACCGAUAAGUGAUAAUUGCGAACUGGAAUGCGAUCAAACAGCGAUCGCAUCUUCUUCCGCGGAAAAAAUCGAUGAUCAUCAAGAGGAGGAUUUUUCUCUCUCGAAAAGCACCGUCGUUCGAAUCUUGGGUUCUAAGUUAAUGAAACCACUUUAUCAUAGCGCCAACUCCACGGCAGCGUCGUCACCCUGUGGUACUUUGCAUCACUCUUGCAGAAGGUUCUCUCGCGACAGCUGCGUCACUAAGAUCUCGACUAUCAGUCCGUGCAGCAGCUACGAUAAAUUGCAGGACGAUUUCGAGAUCGUGUCGGAGGCGGCAAGCAGUCUCGGUUGCACCACAAAUUCCAGCACGAUGGCGAACACGCCGAGCGGCACGCCAAAGAGCGUUGUCGGCCAGCGAUCUGGACGAUCUGGCAACGGUCGACCUGGAUACACCAGCUGUGAUCUAGACAGCCUCUACGAGGGCAUCAAGAUCCUCGAUUUGUAUCUGGCGCGCAGAAACAUAAACGUUAGCCACGGACACAGACAAUCGGUCGCCGUGAUGUUGUUCGGCACUCCGGAGCACGGUCCCACGCGUCAUCCAGUCGCGACGCCGCGUCAAAUUACAAGAGAGAGGCAUGUGCGUGCACGCAUCUGGCGAUCUAGCGAGGAUGCUUCAUCGAACUAAUUUCUCCUUGAUCGAGAGCAAAAAAGGAUGAUAACUAUUGUGUUAAUUUUUUGGCGAUGAGAAGAAUAAUAAUUGAAAAAAAUAGAAUGUAGUCUUGCAAGUCAGAGAUAUACAUAUAAGAUUCUGAUUUAAAAACCAAGGAAAGAAGAAGGUAAGAAACACUUGUAUUAACUUUAUGAUUUAUUAUCAUACAAACUUUUCUGUCCACGAAUGACAGCGAUCGAAAAUAAAUCUAAUUUGAUGUCUUUCAGUUUUCAUUAAAAUAAGUAAUUACGUUAUGUUAAACAGAUUAAUCAAAGAUUUAAAAAAUUAAAUGGUUAAAUUAUUGAAAAGGAUUAAAAACUUUUUAAGUAAUAAUCGGGGGGGGGGAUACUAUGUAGAAUAAAUUUCUCUAAUAAAGUUGCGAUUAUCCAAUCUCGUGUUAUAUCCGAGAUUGAUUUCUAUAAAAGUACUUUUAGAAAAGAGGGAAAGUAAAAUAUGCUUUCAAAUAAUGUGAUGUUUAAUAAUAAUUUAAUGAUAGUAAAGACAAUCUAUUUUCAAAGACGUAUACACAAAUCUCUCUGUAUAGACGGUGCCCGAAUUAACAAUUCUAUCUGUAAAAUCAUUAAUGACUAACAACAAGUUUGUGUUAGUCUUUGACACUACCUCUUCUAACCGAAGAUUUAUGUUCGAAGAAUACGAUGCUAAAUGUUUUUGGCAAUUAAAUUAUAUUUCUGUAACCUACGGAAAAUUCGUUUUAAUCUGGCUUGGCUGACUUUCGACGGAGAUCAAUUAGUCUCCGUCCCAAUAAUCUUGAAGUACUCAUUAAUUACACUGUCUUCUAAUUAUUACAUCUUCGCGUUACCUAGAAUAAAGCGUACAUAACAUCGUAGUAAAAUA